UGUUUGUAGCAUACACACCAAAUUAACGUAUUUGUAUAGAGACGGGCGUAACCAUGAUAUUGUUUUAAUCUCAGUUUAAUUUAGUUAGGCACGUGUUUAACCUAUUCACUCAGGAAUUACACCAAUCUGUAUCGGUUCAUUUUCUGUCCAUGUGAAGUUCCUUUUGGAUUUAAUGAUGUCUAUAUCAUGUGCAGGAUGUGGUGGUCCCAUAAUGGAAAAAACCCUUUUAAACGCCAUCGAUCGUUUUUGGCAUACUUCAUGUCUUAAUUGUUCAUGUUGUGGUCUACGAUUAGAUGAAUUGGGACCUUCUGUUUUCGUUCGCUCAAACAUGCUACUGUGUCGACAAGAUUACCUUAAGUUGUUUGGUCUUUCGGGAACAUGUGCAAAAUGUCGAGUUCAAAUUCCUCCAGAUGAACUUGUCAUGAGAUGUCAAGAUAAAGUGUAUCAUGUGAAUUGUUUCUGUUGUACACAAUGUCAUUCUCCAUUGCAUCCCGGUGAUAAAGUUUGUAUUAUGGAUGGUAAUUUAUUCUGCGAGCAUGAAUUCCCACAUUUGUUCUCUGGACCAUCAAAAUUAAAUUCAUUAAGAUUAACAUCAUCUUCUGCAAGUCCUUGUACUUCUAAUGAUUCUGAUAUUGGACGCGGUCAAAUGAUUAAUGAGUUACCAUCGAAAAUAAAUGGUUUUCCAUCGUCUUCUAGAUCGUUUAAUAUGAAUCCUUCAUCUUUAGAACAACAACAGCAACAACAACAACAAUCAGCUAUUCCUAAUAAACUUAUAUUUUCACAGUCCGAUAUAAUGUCAACUCUUAGCCCUCAUCAUCCAUCCAGUCCAAGUAUGUCAUUUCCUAACAACAACAACAUGCAACAAAAUCAAGAUAAUAGUCAACCAAUGAUACCGCAUGGCUUUUAUGUUACAGACGUUGAGCAGCCUUUCAAUGAUGCACUCAAUAAUGUACAAAACACAUCAGAUAAACCCUUAAAAUCCUCCAUGAUCAACACGGCAGCUGAGACAACUACUGGUCGAAAGAAGCAACAAAAAAAAGUGGACAAUCGUCGAUGCCCCGCUCUUCGUGUUUGUUGAACCUGGGAGACUAAAUCUGUAACACAUUGUGAUUGGUCCUCAGGACCACAACCUUUUUCCCCUGCCAAUUUCAAUUUUGUUUUCAUGGAUAUCCCAUCCACCCCCACCUACGUGCCAUUUUUACUCAUUUCACUUCUUUUACAACACACGUCAGAUUAAAUAAAGAGAAUGGAGAAGAAGGUUUAUUGUUUUUCUUAUAUUAUUCACCUUUUUUUAUAAAUAUCUAUAACAAAAAAAUAUCUUUGACCAAAAUAUUCAGAGAUACGUGUGAAUACUUAAAGAAAAACAAUUGCAUAAAAUUGAUGAUGAGUUUGAAUGUGCAACAAAAACACACAUUCAUCAAUAUUCUUUGAAUAAAAAGUCUGUACAAAUUUCUUUUUUGUGCUGUUUAAUAUUUUUCAGAUGGGGAAAUAACUAAAGAAGUUAUAUACAACAUUUAAUAAACAUACCUUUGUAUUUCUUUUAAAAAAAAUAACUUACACUGUUUAGAACAGAG